AAGGAAGGCAUUGCUGCUGGAGGUAUAAUGGACAUUAACACCACCCUAUGGGAAGCGCUGAAAACCACACUCAUUCCCAAUGGCCUGGCUUGUGGAAUUCCUGAAGCUGUCAUAGCCUUAGACAAAUGCCAAGCCCACCUUUGUGUUCUUGCUUCCAAUUGUGAUGAACCUAUGUAUGUAAAAUUGGUUGAAUCCCUGUGUGCUGAGCACCAAAUUAACUUGAUCAAGGUUGAUGAUAAUAAGAAGCUGGGUGAAUGGGUAGGCCUCUGUAAAAUUGACAGAGAGGGAAAGCCCCGCAAAGUGGUUGGCUGCAGUUGUGUUGUUGUUAAAGACUAUGGCAAGGAAUCUCACGUCAAAGAUGUCAUCAAAGAAUAUUUUAAAUGCAAGAAAUCAGUAAAUAAAAGUCCAGGUCUGAUUUGA